AAACAUAAUAGAUGCUUAUAAAUAAAGAAAAAAGAAUUUAGCUUAUAGCUGCGUUUAUAAACUUCUUAUUAAUGUCUUUUAGUGCUUUAUGAAUUAUGAAUUAGCCUACCUAUUUAGUAAUGCUUAGGCUAACUGAUGAUUCAUAUCAUGCAGUUAUUAUAAAGUGUUACCUAAAUGUUUUUAUUUAAAUGUGUUUACACUAACAUCGGUUAUUUCAUAACAAACAUACAAUGAACUAUUGUAUUAGUACUACUAUGAAUCAAUUUUGUUAAAUGCUCUACAACUGUUUAUUGUUUUUUCAUUAUACUUAAUUAAUUUUCUGAUGCUAACAAAAAUAACCUUAUUGUCAAGUGUUAUGAAACUGUAUCAUUAUUGCCUUUUUUUACUCACAAAUCAUUUAAUAGAUUUAAUAUUUCUGCCCUGUUAGGUCCAUGUUACAAAACUGAAAUUUCUCUAUUUGGGUAAACUAAAUAGCUAUAUGAUGUGGAUAUAUUUUUAAAAUAUCUGAAAAGUUCUGCAUAGAAAGUAUAACGCUUAGAAUCCUGAGCUAUUCUAACUAACAUAUGUACAUGUGUUCUAAUCUAAGCUGCUAACAUUGGGGAAGAAAUUUUACCAACUCUCUCACGGGAUGAUAUCCGGGAUCUCUUUCCUGGUCCUGAGCACUUCCUGCGGCGCAAAGCCAUUUGGCUUAUGACUCAUAAGGAAGAACAGGGGCACACGAUUCCUGUUGAAGGCCAAGGUUCAUCAGCAGAUGAUGAAAAUAAUGAAAGUUCAAACCGAGAUGACCCCAGAACUUCAAAGUUUUUGAAGUUACCCAGCCCAGAAUAUGUUCUCUUCACUGACAGUGAACUACAACAUGUGAGACGCGCAUACUUUGAGCAGCAGCGUCUUGGAAAAGAGAGUGAAGUCACCUUAUCAAAGGAGCUCUUCUGCCGGCUCAUCCGAAAUACCAUGACAAAUAUGAUCUCAAUUGCAAGAGCGUCUUCAGAUGACUGCAAAUACCCCACUAAACAUGAAGUUCUUGCCAUGGCAAAGCGGUUAGUGGAAUACUACCCUAUGAUAAAAGAUAAGUCAACUGGAUCUAGUCACAAGUGGGACACUGUUGCCAAAAAGCUCUUGAAGCGACUUUCAAAUAUCCGAAGUCCUGUGAAGGCCAAACACCCUCCUUCCAAGAGAGCCCGUCUGGACGAAGAACCUUCUGCUGCAGUGGCAAGUGACUAUGAUGCUGAUUCCAGUGCAUCAACACUUCAUCUAUCACCACCUUCAAAAUCAAGCACCCCACCGCAAGACAAUGACAGCAUCGAUGAAGCAUCCGAUGGUCAAGACACCAGCCUCGACAGCCGGAAAACACAGGCACGACAUUACAGGACUCUACGAGAAAUGUACAAAUCAAAGAAGCCAAACAAAGCUGCUGUAACUCAUCUAUUAGACCUGGAGUUCCAGUCCAGAAGAAAUUUCAUCGACUCAAAUACUUUGAAGGAGCAAGACAGGCCUACACAAAUAUUACAGGCAUACCCAUGCUUCAAAGAACUGGACCAUACAAUGGAUGAACUGCGGAGAAUCAUUGAGCCAAACAAUUGCCAAUAUAUUUCUGAGGUGAAAGGCAGGUGGGAGACCUUCUACUCCAAGGUUCAGUUUUAUGGUGUCAUGAAGAAAAUCAUGAAGCCUCCAAGGACAUUAAAUGGAGUUGAACAUGCCAUUGCUGUUUUUACUGCCCUGCCAUUGCUCUUCCCAUCUGGCUCUGCAGUACCCAAGAAAGUGGUCCAAAUCAGUGAGGCUCUUUUCCACGUUCUUACGCCCUCAGAGGACCCUGAUACCUUCAUCCACCGGCGUGUGCUUUCUAGUCCUGUUUUGCUGGUUGGUGAGGAGAACUGCAUGGUGGUUGUAGGUACAACUCCAGUUGUAACCUUUGAGAAAGAUUUGCUGCACGAGGGGCUUCUCUACCUCCUGGCAUAUUACUAUGCGUUCCACCUGACCUAUCCCAGGUGUAUUGCCACACUUUUGUCUGUGUUGCAAACAGAAGUUCUGGUAGAUGUCCUCCAUGAGCAGGAUGCAACCCCCUCUUAUAAAAAGGCCAUUCAAGAAUGGAAAAUGUUUGCUGAAUAAAUACUGUUGCAAACCUGUAUGGCUGAGGCAGUGAUGGAGUGUUUUUUUGUUUUUAUUUUUUGGUUUGUUCUUCAUUAUAUUUGCACUUGAUUUGUGUUAGUAUGAGAUUUCCCUGCUUUUUCAGUAGUGUUUCUUGAAUCAAUUGUAUUAAUGCAAUACAUUAAUUGAGUAAUUGCUGUUUAAAGCUGUUUGAGGUUAUACAGUGUAUGCAGCUUACAGACUGAGGCAUAGCCGUUUUAUGCAGAACAUUUGCUGUUGAUGUGCCAUGUUAUGACACUGAUACUUCCUUAUGUCAGUUGAAUAGCCUAGGAAUCAGUUCAUCCUGCUUUAUGUGCUCCAUUUGUUAAAGAAGAUGUUCUUUAAUAAAUGUUCAGCAAAUCUGAAUAUGUUGUUUGUUUGAUUAUUUAUUUAAAUGUA